ACGCCAUGAAUAACUAAUGAGCUGCUGCUGCUAUUUCUUGGACAGUUGAAAGGAUCAUUUCAAUACCACUAAAGUACAAAAUCUACCAAACAAGACUGAGAGAAUUUGGUUCAAACACUCAAAGAUAACAGUAACUCAUUCAUAGGACAAUAUCAAUGGUGAGAUAAAGCAUAUUUGUUCGUAAUAUUUGAGGCAUCGAGCUGAUCGAGAUUCUGCUAGCCCAGCAGUCACGUGAUCAUGAGGCUACGGACGCUACUGAGUUUAACCCUUCUGGGGAUUAUGAUCAUUAAGUCUUUAGGUGUCCCAAUAGAAAGAGAAUUACUGAGAGUAAAAAGAAAAGGAGAAAUAGACGAAGAAAAUGAAGAACAUCUUCUUCAACGAAGAGAGCUAAAACCUUUAACUAGACACAAGAGAGACACUGUAGGUGAGCACAAGGCAACAGAAGAUGAAACCCAAAAUAGUCGAAGAAGACGCUUCAAGUCUGAUCAGGAGAAUAUAGAAGAAGAAGGGGAGAACUAUCCAAACAAAAUGGCCGCCAGGUCUUCAAGGUCAUCGAGGGAGGAUAAAGAUGUUACAGCACAUGGGUUCGAUAGAUUUAUACUCCCCAAAGAUGAUAUUAAGGGAAAUAAGCAACCAGCAAAAAGAUCUAUUGCCGCUUCCGGUUCUGGUCUUGAAAGUAACUUUGAGUCUUCAGCUUCCGGUAUGUGGAUAUCAGAUUCCGCUGCAAAAGACCUCUUGUCGGGGAAAAAAGAUAACAAGCGAAGUGCAAGUUCAUUGGAAAGCAUAGUGGCCGCCCUGAGUGCGAUAAAAACAGAUCAGACAGCUGAUUUCAAUGGAGACAAUGAUGGCUCAGCAUCUGGAGCUUGGGUCAUUUCAGGCUCAGGUCAAGAGUUCAAUACACCUGAUGAUGACCUGCCCAAGUUCUUUUCUGCUGCUGCUUCAAAUUCACAAUACCAUGAGGUUGGUGAGACUAUCUCGGGGUCAGGAAGUGGACAUGAGGAAAAUGAUGUGGCUUCUAAGCAAGGUAAUCUUAUCUCAGACUUAGCAGAAGAAGUCCACCAGGACGAAAAGCCCAGCAACAAGAAGGAGUUCACUCAAUCACCAGCAAAGCCACUCAACAAUGAAACUAAAUCAAUUAAAAUACACAAGAGGGACAUUCUUGAGCAAUUUUUUGGAGAAAAUCAUAAAGAUGUCCUCUCCAGAAGCAGAAGAGAGCAAGAUGAUAAGAACGUUAAGGAAGGAUUUACAUCAUUUUUCAGGAACAGUCCAAAUAAGAUCACCAGUGAAGCAGAUCUGCCCCUGAUAAAACAUGAGCCACCACCAAUCCCCGCUGUAAGAUCAGCUAAGGGAGGUUCCAAGAUCAGCCAGAAAAGUGGCUCCUUGGAAACGGUUAAUGUAGGCGAAGGGCUUACGGGGCUGAGCUUGGUGCGACGAUUCUAUCGAGAUCAAAAUAUGGAACAAACUGGCCAGACAAGAAAAGUUCUUCCAAAACCAGAACAUAUUCUUAAAGACGUGGAAGCAAAGAAAUAUCCAAUCACGAAAAAGACAGAGAAGAAAGUCAUUUCAAACCACAAGGUAACAAAGAACAAUCCAUUUGAAGCCCGCGUAGUACACACGAAGCAACUCCCCAAAGCCCACGUUACUAUCAUAGAAGAACCAGCGGUGUAUACAAAAAACGAAGAAGAGGGAAUGGACUCUAGUGAUGGCGGAAUGAAUGAAGAUGAAUCUGAUGAGUCUGAACCAACUAUUGAAAUACAUGAGAGAGACAUCAGAGAAGAUGGUUACGUUGGUUGUUUUGCCGACCAGUCUCCAGACCGAGAUUUACCAUUUGCGUUAUCUGUACGAGAUCUCACCCCGACUACCUGCCGACUCGCAUGUAAGAAGGCUCAACACGCAUACGCUGGUCUUCAAUAUGGCUACCUCUGCCGAUGUGGCGAUUCCUACGGGAAAUACACUAGACUGGGAGAAGACCAAUGCAGCACGGCUUGUAAGGGAGAUGGAACUCAGAUCUGCGGAGGAUUCUUUAGAAGUUCUAUCUAUGCCACAGAUGGUGUCACCGAACCAACACAGGGAGAUUUUUUCCACGUUGAGAGCGUUCGACCACUUAACGCAGUUAUCAAUAAACCUUCGAGCACUACAAAUUACAUGCCACAAGAGACAGCUUACCCUUCACUCGUCCCCUACCGUAAGCCAAACCAAUUCCCGUAUAACGACCCGGUGGUACAGUUUGCCCCUUCUGUCCAAGCCCCUACGUAUUUUAGCCCAGAUGAGCCAAAAGUCGUAAUCCAUUCAGAAACACCGUUACCGGAGUACCAGGCAAAGCCUCCACCCGCAGUAGUUAAAGCUAAUGUGGUUAACAUUCCUGUUCAAAGUCUCCGUUACAUUCCAAGUGUUAUUGGAAACAUGGAACAACAACAACAACAGCAGUACAAGAAGUCUACUAUCGCUAGACCACCAGCUCCCAAGGUAACACCUCAGGGAGCCCGCGUUGGUAAACUACACUACCUCCAUCAACAACAUGGCGUAGCACCAAAACCAAAACCACAAUUUGAGCCGUUCAGUCAAUUGGAUAUAACACCUGGAAUGAAAACCUUUACUGGUACUAUAAAGCUAAAACAAAGCUGGCUGGAUGGCCUACAGAACGAUCAAAGCCCGGAGUUCAAGAUAUUAUCUGGCAAUAUCGAACAAGCGUUUAAAAAAAUGUUUGAAAAGGAUCCAAACUUCAUCAAAGUUAAAGUCCUUGGAUUCAAUAAAGGGUUGGUCAAACACAAUCCAGCUACCAUAAGAAAGGUUGUUGCACCGUUCGUUCUCACGUUCAAAAAAGAUACAGUUGGCGUUGAGAACAAAGUCAGUAAGGCUAUCCAGGACACAGGAAAACUGUUUGACAUGCCAGUAUACAAGAAGUCUAUUCAUAUACAAGAAUACCACAAAGCACCAAGACCAUCGGUGACCAAGGACAAAAUUAUAGCAAGAAAAGAAGUAAAAACCGAGACAAAACGAAGCAGCACCACUCAACCAAAGGUUCCUUACACGCUUGAACUGUUCCUGAUGAGGGAUCCCACCAAGAUAAAAAGGAGCACACAUCCUGAAAAACAAUAGAAUCCUGUGCUCUGAUUGGCUGAGCGUCCAUGGUCUAAUAGCAAUAGACCACUAGUAGCAAAAAGUGCCGGCUUUGAAAACUAAAAUAAUGGCAGCUAGGUUCGCGUUUUCAGACUAAUUUCAAAAUUGUUUGUAUCCAUUUAUUUGAAUGAUUAGAAUUAGACCUCUCGGCGCCCCCGUGGUCUACGAGUCAAUAGCCCAUUCAAUUUUAUGUUAUAUAUCCAAAAAAUUGAUUAUAAAUAUAUAUGUACAAUAAUGAAAUGAAUAGAAUGGAAGUAGAAAGUGUAUGUAUAUUAAUCAGUAGUGAGAUUUUAAUUCGAUGUUCAGCUAAAAGUUCCAGUUUAAGAAGCAAAUAAAAUUACAGUAUUAAUAACC